CAGCUAACUCAUAUCGACCUCAAAGAUGAGCAAGAAGAACAAUAAAGGGACAAAGCGGAAGGCGCAUGACUUUGACCUGCAAAGAGAGAAAGCGGAGGCCGAGAAGCGGGCGGCCAAGUUAGCGAAGCAACAGAAUGCUGGUGUGAAGAAAGUGAAGAAAUCAAAGGGCGUCCGCAUUCGGAAGGGUGUGGUGCUCAAGGGCAUCAAGGUGGUGGACGCGGAGAGCAAGCAGAAGGUGCGCAAGGAGCUUGCCAAGGCCGCGCGCGUCAAGGCCCGGUCGCGCAUGGACGUGGACGACGGGGCGGCGGCGGCGGCUGCCGGCAGCGGCCGCGCGGGUGCCAAGAAGCGCAGUGCGCGUGUGGUCGUGCCCAAGGCCAAGGCGGGCAAGGCGGGAGCGGGCAGCAGCAAGGCGGCGGCGGGUGAUGAGAUGCAGGAGUAGAGGCGACUUGGCAGGGCUGGGUAUGUCUGGUGGUGCGUGGGGGCGGGAGAGCUUGCGACGGGGGUGGGUCCUCGUUGGGCUGCGGUAAUGCGCCCGCCGCACGAACGUGUUGGACGGUAUGGUGUGCGCGUGUGGAGACGACGUGAAGGGGAGCAAAAACGUGGCAUGACUUAACGUUAUCGAUUAAUGAUUCCUAAGUGCCACGUCGGAUGUUAAGAUGGAGGUUACUGGAGGAUGGCGGGCUCGACCAAUGGGCGUUGACAAAUAGUGGGUCCCUGCACCAGUCGGGCCCGGGGGUGCAGGCACUGCCGGACUCGCCGGCGCAAGCUUCGAUGUUCCGUGGUGGUCCUCGGCGCCUCUCCUCGUGCCGCCUGGCCCGCCGUCGUCUCCACCGGCGGCCUUGCUGGCUCUGCAGAUAGUUAGGUUGCGGGUGCCGUUCGUAGCAUGCCGGUUCAGGGACCGUUAGGCAGCAGGUGACGCUGGUCGGGUAGUCCCGGGUGUCGGGUUGUGAGUGCCCGGGCGGCUGUUGCCCGGGCGCCCGGGCGGCUGGUGCGCCUGUUCGCCUCCGGGCGCGCGCGUGCCUGUUUGGUGGGUCGGUCUAGUUCGCUGGUGGGGCGGGUGGAGGGCGGUGUGCCCGUGGCGAGGUGUUGUGGUGUACUGGUGGUUUGGUCAGUUGGCUCGCCCCCCAAAGGGGGGCGACAGCCAUAGUCCUCGGCAAGAACCUUACAUUAGGGUUGUUUGUAGUUGUUACUAUUUCACCAAAUCCUGUAGGGAAUAGAGGCUGUAACGGAGUAUUUGCCAAGUGCAAAAACCCUUGAAGGCAUGCGACACAGAAAAACUAGUAUGUAAAGUGCACCGUCC